GGUAAAUUUCGAUUUGAAGGACCAGCAUUUCCUUCUGUGCAGGAAUUAAUACUUUAUCAGUUUCACUCUGGACAACCUGUUACGAGUCGCUCUGGUGCUGUUUUGAAGUCGCCUGUCAUGCGAGAAAGGUGGGAGCUCAAUAAUGAUGAUGUGGAACUUGUUGAAAAAAUUGGACGGGGAAACUUUGGUGAUGUUUAUCGAGCUGUUUUAAAAGCAAGUGGUAUGGAAGUAGCAGUAAAGACAUGUCGUAUGAACCUUCCUGAUGAGCAGAAAAAGAGAUUUCUACAAGAAGGGCGUAUUUUAAAGCAGUACGAUCACCCUAAUAUUGUUAAAUUAAUAGGAAUAUGUGUUCAGAAACAACCAAUUAUGAUAGUGAUGGAACUUGUACCAGGUGGUUCCCUUCUCAAUUUUUUGAGAAAUCAUAAGCAUUCUCUGAUCAUUACUGAUUUACUGACAAUGUGUUUGGAAGCUGCUCGGGGAAUGGAAUAUCUAGAAAGUAAAAACUGUAUUCAUAGAGAUUUGGCUGCCAGGAAUUGUUUGGUGGGUCAUAACAAUGUGGUAAAAAUAUCAGACUUUGGCAUGUCUAGGGAAGAAGAAGAAUAUACUGUGUCUGAUGGAAUGAAACAAAUACCUAUUAAAUGGACUGCACCAGAAGCUCUUAACUAUGGGAGGUAUACUAGUCUUUGUGAUGUUUGGAGUUAUGGUGUUCUUAUGUGGGAGAUUUUCUCCUUGGGUAGUACACCUUAUGCAGGCUGGUCAAACAGCAAAGCCAGAGAAAUGAUUGAUUCUGGUUAUCGACUUGAAUCGCCACCUAAUACUCCUGAAUAUAUAUAUGAAUUAAUGAUCAGAACAUGGGACUAUAAUCCUGACAGAAGGCCUCAUUUUGCUGAGAUUAGAGAAACAUUAGAAAGCAUUGCAUCAAGUUUCAUUUAGAUUUUUCAAGUUAAUAGCAUGAUGAUACAGGUUUUCACAGUAUCAUGUAUCAGUUAUUAGUAUUUAAUGUUAUAAAAUUUGCUAUCUAAAUAUCAGUUAUCCCUCCCAUUUGUACUUGGGAUUAGCUCUACAGUAUUAUUUCCAUGUCUGUAUUCAUUUUUUUAUCACUUUCUGGUAUGUUUUUAUAUAAAAAUUAGUAUUUUGUUUCUGACAUAUGCAUAAUCUGCAUGCUUAGGGCAAAUAUUUAUUUGAUGAAAUAGAUAUUAAUUUUAAAAGAAUGUAUACUUUUCAUAUUUAUGUACUUCAUUUCAUUAUUUAUCUGAAAAUAAGAAAUUUAGCUUAUCAUUCCAAUAUGUUCAGUGCUCAAAAUACAUAACCAUUAUCCUAUGUACAUCUUUAAAUUAGCUUUUUAUUAAACAUUUGUUAAUAAUUGCUUUUGAUUGUUAUAGUUAAAACAGCUCCUAAAAUUAUUUCAUGUACUUUCCUUUUUACAUUGCAUUAAUUUAAAGAAAGGUUCCAAGUCCUUUUUUUAAUCGUAAUAAAAAAUGCAUGAACUGCAUAAUUUCUCAUUUAGAUGUUUUAUGGUAAUUGAAAUAUAUUUUAAUAAUAUUUUUUUCUUUGUGUAAUGUUAACAGCUAAAAGAAAGAUUUUACUUUUGUUAAAUGAAAUAAUUAGAUUUGUUUUCCUGUUUAGGAGGAAGGUAACUGAAGCAAAUAUUUUUUUUUUUUUCCUUCGUGUAAUGUUUACAGCUAAAAGAAAGAUUUGACUUUUGUUAAAUUAAAUAAUUAGGAGAUUUGUUUUAAGCAAAUGUUAGGUCCAAAUUAUAGUGCUGGAGUUAUUUUAUUACUAUUACAAGCAUGAUGUCUAUUUCACGCAGCAUAAUUUUUGUUAUAUAUUAGCAGUUAGAAUGCUUUAAUUUAUCGGUAUAUUGCAGCUAUUAAAUAUGAAAGCAAGGAACAAAAUGUAACCAGGGAUUUUAGUGUCUGUACAAUAACAGAAUUAAGUUUUAAAGCGCAUUCUCUCUCUAAAUUGUCCAUAAAAAAGAUUCAUUUCUCUGCUUUUGCAUAUUUCAUGUAAUGCAUUAAAUAUAGAUACAUUGUUGUGUGUUGUGCAUAUAUUGUAAUACUGGUAAUGUGGAAUUCUUUUUGUGCGUCAUUAGGCCAGUUAUACAGAGAUAUGGAGCAAAAUUUUAAAAGGAGUAUCUAGCAAGUUUUUAUGUGUGUGGAAGUAUUUAAUAUUAAAAUUUACAUUUUAAAAUAUACAGCUAUGGCACUAAAAAAACUUUUAUUCAUUUGCAGGUUUAAGAAUGAUGACAUUUUUAACCUCCUUAAUUUAGUACUAAUCUAUGUUUCCGGAGUCCUAAUGAUAUAAUUUAUUGAUUCUAUAAGUAUUGUCACUGAGUUUGGGGGUUUGGAUUCUCUUUGCGGUAAAAAAAACCUGGUUAUUGAGAAUAGAAGCUUUGUUUGUUACAAAAAUUUUAACAUCUUCGUUAAUAUUUAGUUGUAAAAACUUUCUUUUAUGAAGACUGCAAUAAUUGUGUUUGUUAUGGAGUCAACAAGUUAGACAUUCUUCAACAACAACAACAGAAAAAAUUACAUGUAUCUUGCACAAUUCUUUAAGGUUCCUUCAAAUGUUAUCUUUUAGAUUAUACCAUACAUUCUCAUUUGGAUUUAGAUCUAAUGACUGAAAGGGCCAUGGCAGAAUAUCAAUUUUGUUUUGUUCAAACUGACAUUUUGUGAGCUUUGCUAAAAAUGUUGAACCAUUAUCUUGUUUAUAAUGCUAUUUCAGUGGCACAUUCGCUUUUGUCCAUUGUGGCAUUGUGUUCUCUAAUGUGUCCUCAUAUAUUUCUUUGGCAGUGAUGCCAUCAAUAUAAAAAAUCAGGUGCCCAUUAUUCCACAGACACACAAAACUUUAGAUUGCCACCUGCAGCUUUAACAGUUUUCCUUGCCUAUUUUGCCUGAAGUCGGCAAAUUGUUUCCAAUCCAUUUCAAAUUAAUUUUUGCUUCAUUGGUGUCCAUUUUUCCGGGCCUGCAUUUGAUAUGGUGCAAUUUGGGAAACUGCGUGCGUUUUGGUGCUUUCUUUAAAAUGGAAAUUUGGAGUUUGAGAAUGCACCUUUUGAUAUUCACGUGUGAGUGUAAAAUUAUUCAGGCUUAAGACCAGCUUCACCUUGAAGCACUUUAGUGGACAAAAGUAGUUUCUCUUGUGAUUUUCAUAGACUUCUUUUCUCUGUUGAAGUUAUUUUAGAAGGUCUAACCCUAAGUUUAUCAUAUUUUUUGCUGGUAUUGCUGUAAAAUCUUUCUUUUGCGGACCACAAACCAAUGUGACAUUUGUUUUAAUUUACUGCUGUAUAUUGUUAAAAUGGUUUUAAUUCUGUGCUUUUACAUGUUUUCAUGUAUCCAUUUUUUUUAAAUAUAAAUUCAUGCAAGUAAAGUAAACAUUUAGUAAGUAAUUUGAGAGUUGACUAAAAAGAAUGACACAGUUUAUAACUUUUUUUGAGUGGUAAGUGUUAUUUCUUGUUAAUGCCCCCUUCUGUCAUAUGCAUUCUGAAGAUAGUUCAAGGGCAAAAAACAUAAUGAUACACAAACAUCACAGUAAUCAGCAAUGAUACAGAAUCUGUGAAUUCUGUUAUUAAGAACCAAACAAUACCCAUUAACUGUAAAUUUAAAAUAUUAAAAUGACCUUAUUCUUAAAUUUUCGAAAAAAAUGAAAGGUGUUUCUUUCUUUUUUUGGAAGGGAGGGGGCAUAACUUAUUUUAUGGUUGUAUUUAUGGCCAAGUGCUCAAGAGCUAUCUUCCUUAACUCGAUUUCAAAACUGUGAUACUCAGGCUUUUAGUGUAAUAACAGAAAUAUUUUAUGGAAAUGUUAAAUUAUUGCUUGUAUUAAAUUUACUAUGGUAAUUUUGUAAGAGGAAAACUAUAAUGACAUGUAAAAACAAAUUUAUUUUUAUUAUGUAAACCUGUUUAUUAUUAUUAUUAUUAUUUUCCUUUUCAUGUCAAGUAUUUGUCAACAAUUUUGACAUAUUUAUGUGCCAAAGUGGAUUUUGUCUAGUAGUGUAUAAUGUAGUUUGAUGUCCAUGAUGUUAUUUGCCUUAAAUCUUGAAAACUAAUCUGUUGACAAUAUGUACUGAUAUCAUUCUAAGCUAUAUUUUUGAAUGAUAUAUAUUGCACUUUGUGCAGUUUAUAAAUAAGACAGUAAUUUUUUAAGAAAAUUAUUUUAUUUAUUUUUAAAUAGAUUGAAACCCUUGUCUACAAUAAAAGGGUUUUGAAAGACAUUCAUGACUAACUGGCUUGUUAGAACACAGUUUUUAUUUCACUAUAAAGCAGAUUUAUGCUAAAAAUAUUUCAAAACGUUUUUAAAUACUCAUAUUUUUGUUGCUUUAAUGUUAUCUUUUUGUUGAGAGUUAUUAAUGACCGGUUAAUGUACCCCUUCCAAAAACAAGAUUAUACCGUAAGGUAUUCAUAAAAAAAGUUUUAGGCUGCAUUGUUAUUACCUUGAAAAACAAACCUAAUUGUAGUUUUGUUCUAAUUAAUUUUUUAAUGAUACUUCCUGGGAUUGUGAAUCCUCAAAGUUUUCCUGCCGGGGGAAUGCUGUGCUGUUUGACCUAAUUUUGCAUGUUAUUAUUAUUCAACUGAAGCUUUAAAGACAUGAUCUAGUUCCAAAUGUAGCCUGUUACUGCACUUGUUUGAUUUUUUUUUAAUGCAUGGUGUGCCUAUUCUAAAUAGAUGCACUGUUCA